AUGAACUCCAACGACGUGCACACCCCGAAAGAUGUGAAGCAUUCUGCUCCCAUUACCAUCCCUACUGCGGCGCGUGGUAGAGCGCGCUCCAUGUCCGUCUCCUCUGCCUCCUCUGCCUCCGACGCCAGCUCAGGUUCAGAGCUCCCAACACCAGCCUCAGGAUCUGUCGGCAGAAUCUCUAUUCCCUCCCCGUCUACCUCACCGAUCCUCUCCUACUUCCUGGCGCAAUCACCUACAAAGACCCCCGGCACCGCAGCUACUUUCCCAUUCAAACGCAAGUUUGGGCCUGCCCCCGUUUUCGAAGAGGAGGAAACAGACAAGGAAAUCCCAGUGGCGGCGCACGCCCGACGCGCGAGCGUGAAUGUCGCCAACCGCUUCUCGCAGGGCGGACCUACCACCACCUUUCCAGCGGAUGCGCACAACGAGCGCGGCACAAGCCUCCUCAGGCGACUCUCGCUCAGUGUCGCAAAGCCCCAGUUUGAUACUACCGCGGUCUCUACAUCGCCCCCGAGCCCACCCCCAAACACUGCUGUUAGCCCCACUCCCAGGACUGCGCCGUUCACGAAUAAGCCCCGCCGAUCGGCGACUAUCAGCACGGCAGAGACAAGACCUCGUCGGGCGCCGUCGCCGAUGGGGGAGAGGAUCCUCAAAGGCCAUUUCGAUGGGUUCAAUUGA